AUGAACCGUCCAGACAAUGAACCGUCCAGUCUUGUUCCUGGGUUUGAAGACGAACUUCCAGUGGAUCGGCAUUACUAUAAGUUCAGACCAGAUGCACAGCUCGAUAUUAUGAAUACACUCAAAGACCUUUCCGAACAGCACAACUUCUUCACUAUAAGUCCAGAGUUUGGAUUCGUGCUACCUGAUAUGAAUUCUGUUUUUAAAGCGGCGCAGGAAUCUCGAAUUUUGCUGGUGGGUCGGAUAGACAAUCCAAAGCAAUCACCCCAUGAUGGAUCAAUGACGAUGUCUGUGGAUGCGCUUAAAGACUACCUUCUGAAUUAUGACAUUUGCACAGGAAAAAGAAAGCGCACCGUCAGCAGUGACGAGGUCAAUAUCAGGAAAAAUGUAUCGUCAGAGGUUGAGCGAGAUUCUAGUAGGAGAAAACGCACGCAAGCCAGUGAUAGUUAG